AUGAGCAGCAGCCCGGCGCCCGACGCAGCCGCAGCCGAUGGCGGCGCCGCCACCGCGGCCACCACCAACACCGCCGGCAAUGACACGCUGCUCUACCACCAGACCCUCAUCCCCACGCAGAACGUCACGCACGCCAUCGAGGGCUCCUUCACCAUGCCGGAUGCGCACGACCUCGUGCUCGUGCGGCACAACGUGCUGGAGCUGUGGCGCCUCUACGCAGAGGACGUCAACGGCGGCAUCGAAUGCAUCUGUCGCACGCCGUUGUUGUCCGCCGUGUACGCCGCCGUCGCCGUCCCGACGAGCGCGUCGGCCAUGGCGAAAUCGCACAGCAGUCACGCGUCGAUUCAGAGCAGCGGCUUAGAUGACGCUAGCACUACCACGCAUCGAAGCGGGGUGCACUACCUUGCGCUGACGAGCGAAACGGGCUACGUGACGCUGCUGCGCUACGAGCUGGCCGAACCGCCCGUCCCGACACGGUUGUUUUACGGCGGGGAGGGGGCAGACGUGGAGGACGAGGAGCGCAACGGCGGUGGUGGGGGUAAUGGUGCCACGCUGCUUGUGGCCACCUCGCUGCGUGGCGCCUUUGUGAAGGUGAGUGAGGCGUGCCUCGGCCGCAGCGGCGCUCGCCUGACGGUGCCCGGCGCACGCAUGGUGGUCGACCCGGCCGGGACCGCGCUCUUCAUCAUAGCCCUCAUGCGCUCGAAGGUGCUGGUGCCCUUGGUGCGGAACGAGAGCUGGGAUGCCGUGACGGGCACCAACGCCGGCCAGGACGGGGCGGACAGCGAUGGGGAGGGCGACGACGAGGGGGGCAGCGGGAGCGAGGCGGAGGACGAGGAGGCCGACGGUGCGGAGGGCGAGCGGCGGGGUCCGCAGUCGGCGCGCGAGCGACGGGCAGCGCGACGUCGACGCGCCGCGAACGCCCGCCGCGCGAACGGCGCCCUCCAGCUUGGGGCCCCGAUUGAGGUGCAGCGGCAGACGGUGCUGUACUCGGCCUGUGCGUUGGACGGUUACCUGGACCAGGCCGUCUUUGCGGUGUUAGAAGAGGAGGUGGUGGAGGCGCGGGAGGGGGGGAGUCCCACAAUCGCAGCAGCGGCAGGUGCAGGUGUGGGAGGUGGCACGUUUCUCAAACAGGCCCCCUCUGCGCCACCCGACGGCGGUGCGCGUUCACUGCCGCACCACAAGCACUUCGUGCUCUAUGCCUACGUAGCGAGUUUGAAGCAGGUGCAGCGGACGCAGCUCGUGCAUGUGCCGGCGACGGCGCAUCGACUCAUCGCCGUGCCUGCCGCCCCCUACGGCCCCGGUGGCGUCCUCGUCUGCACUGACACGGAGUUGAUCUGGUAUGACGUGUCUGCAUCCCAGCAGCAGCAGCAACAGGGAGGCGGCGGCGCGAUCCCCGCACGAGCCGGCGUCUUCAAGUGCACCUACCCAUUUCCUCGUCGCAUGGAUUGCGCGGAGCUGCUCUACGACCCUUCUGUCAUCCAGCACACGCUCACCUGCUUUGGCCAUCGCUUUUUCUUACUACUGCAAGAUGAACAGGGCGAUGUGUAUCGCGUCUUCUUGGAGACCGGCAACGUACAGCGCGCGUACGAUGCCCUGCGCACGCGUGAGCUGCUGCAGGCGAACCCUGAUAUGCUGCACACGAACGGCGGGGCGCUGCCCCCCGUGCCUAAUCCACUCGCCGUGCAUUACUUUGACACGCUGCCCCCGUCCUCCGCGAUGGCGCUCUUCCGCCGCGGGUUUCUCUUCCUCGGCAGCGAGGCCGGCGCGCUGCAUGAGCUGUACAAGAUCAAGAGCAACGGCUACACAAAUGACCGCGAGUACGUCGUGAAGCGCGUUCGACGGGGACGGGUGGUGCCCGUCGCAGCGGCGGCGGCGGCCUCGAAAGCUGAAGAGGUGAAGCCGGAAGGGGAGAAGGACGUCUCCGCGGGGACGGCCAGCAGCGAUCACAAGCGCCCACGCGAGGAGGCGGCGAAUGCCUCGGCUGUGAAGUCCGAGCCGGCAGACCCCACAGCUGUAGCGUCCUCUUCCUCCUCCGCGAUGCUCCCACCACUUCCGCGAGUGAAGCAGGAACCCUCAACUGACGGCGAGACCGCGCAGUCGAGCAGCACCAAGAACAACACGACGAUGCCUCCGCCAAGUGCCGCGCCGGCAUCCGUUCACACCGCGGUAGAGACACGCGUUAUCAAGGUCUUCCAGCCGCACCGGCGUCCGCAACACGUUGCGCAGCUGCAGAGCCUCCCCAACACACCGGCGAUUACGUGCUUUCUCCCCCACCUCACCUCUGCCUCCGCCUCCGCCGACAAGGACGGUGCACACCUCACGACGAUGCCCGACGACGGCAGCGCCGCCCUCCCUGCCUCCGGCGAGCAGCCGGAGAUCUUCUUCAACUACGUCGGCGGUCGUGGGGCGGAGAGUGCGCUGGUGCAGGCCCGCUACGGCUACGCGGCCAAGUUGGAAGGGCGCCACGUGCUGCCGGCCGUCUUCGCCGCUGUCAUCCCGCUCUCCUCCGCCGCGUCGAUGCAGGCGCUGGCCCGGCAGCAGCAGGCCGCGAUUGAGACGGCCGCCUCCACCGCUGUUCGCACGCGAUCGGCGCAGGAGGGCGUGCAGGCACUGCGUGGUAGCGGUGGUGGUGCGGCUCGUCAGCAGGCCCAGCGGCUGAAGGCGCUUCGGCAGCUUGCCGCGACGCUCAGCGGGGCCCGCGAGCAGGUCUGGACGGACCGGGUGUUGCUCUGCACCCGCCAGGGCACCACCGUUUACAGAAUCGGCCGCACCGUGGAGCAGGACACGCACGUGAACUUCAUCACCGCAGAGCGCACGAUUGCCGCGACGACGCUGCAGCACGGCUGCGGUUAUGUGCAAGUGACGCCGCGUGGAAUUCACGUGUUGAGCCCCACCGGGAGUCUAUCGAGGCAGCAGCAGUCAGCAGGAGGAGGGGACAACAGCGUGGUGCCGACCAGCUGGACACAUCCGCACGGCAACACCGUUCUCGCCGCGGCGGUCACGCCGUCCACGAUUCUUUUAUCGUUUCACCAGCGCGGAGGCAUCGCCAGCUUUGACUUCGGUUUGGCCGGCACGGAGCUGCAGCAGCGCGAUGUACUACCGACGUUUCCGCUGGCGCCGGUGGUGGCCCUGCUGCAACCGCCCGCCAGUGCCGUCUCGGCAGCGCUGCAGCGGGAACUGCAAGGGCUGCUGUGGAACUCGUCGUUCACAGCCUCUGCAGGGGCGUCUUCGUCUUCCGCUUCUUCGAGCAGUGCAGCUGCGGCUGCGGCCGCCGCUGCUGCUGCUGCCGCCGCUGCGCAGACCGAGCAGCUCGCCGCCAUCGCCACGGUGAACCAAGAGGUGUACGUCGUGCACCCGCGUAAGCUGCGGGAGCCGCUGGAGAAGAUUGUGUGUCGCCGCGGAUUGCUGAAGGACAGCGCAGCCGGCGCGUCAGCGGUGUCCAUCACCUCCUUGCUGCUGACCUACCUCGGCGACGUGGAGAGCGGUGGAAACGCCAUGGCAGCUCUGGCCGCCGCCGCGGCGAAGGGACGGGCGCGGUCCGCUGGGCAUCGCGGACGCGGCGGCAAUGGACACGGCAGCAGCAGCGCUCGCCGGCGGCUCUUUCUUUUUGUCGGGCACAGCGACGGCAUGGUCACGCGGUGCGAACUGAACGCCUCCUCGGCCAAGGUUACCGCCACGGCGGAGCUCUGGUGCGGUGCCCACCCCUGUCAGCUCAUCGCCGGCGACGGCGAGACGUACUGCUACGUCGUCUCUGGCGAUCGCACGUGGCGGUGCGAGGUGCAGGAAGGGGCGGUGCGGAUGACGCCCUACAGCUUCCCCACGCGGCCCGCCUCCUUUGCUCGGUUUGUGCUGCCGAGCCACAGCGCGUCGACCGCCGUCGGCGCCACCGCGGACGGGUCCCCGGCGAGCACCGCAGCGGCCCUCGCGGCACUGGAGGACGGCGCGGCCGAGAGCGAGGAGUUGUCCGCGAAGGUUGGCAGCAUCACCGUGGCGCCGCGUGAGCAGCAGCAGGAGGUGGUUAUUGCUGUGCAGAACCGCGAGCUCGCCUUGUACGUGUCGAGCACAGGGUCAGCCGGUGGUGGUGGUGGCGGCAGUGGUGGUGGUAGUAGGAGUAGUGCUGGCGCAGGUGGUGUCGCCUACAGCUUCCGCCAUCACCCGCUGCCGCUGGCGGGACGGCGACUGCUGCAGCACCCGACCCGGUCCGCCUACUUAAUCCUGUGCGGGGUGGAGCACCGCAGUCACGGACGGCAGGAGGUGGAGCAGCACCGCGCGGAGGACCUCGCCUUCCUGCAUGCACGCACCUCCGGCGACACCGCACCGUCCACGAGCCCGGAGGCGGCGCUGGCGCGCUACGGCGGCAUCCCGUACACGGCCCCGCAGCGCUCCCUCGGGCGCGCGAACACGCACAACAGCGUCUUGCAGCUCUACCACCAGGAGGCGCAGCGACUGCUGCCGCCCAUCUACUUCGAACCGCACGAGGUCAUCACCGCGGUGGUGGUCGGCAGCUUCUUGAAAGAGUUCGGCCGCGAACCGGUGGUGAUUGUGGGGACGGCCUCUCAGUACACACACGGCGCGGGCUGCGGUACUGGGGCGUCGUGGAAGCAAGGGUUCCUGCGCACCUUUCGCUGCAGCAGCAGCAGCAGCGGUGCGAGCAGCACUGGAAACGGUGGCGGUGCCGCCGAAAGCGCAGUGGCAGGCCCGCUGCGGCUGGAGCUGCUACACAGCACCUAUCUUCGCCCCGACGGCACCGCCGACACAGGGGCGACAUCGCGUCCUGCGCUGAACGCCGACGCCGUUGCGGCGGAGGCUCGUCCCGACUACGCCUCGGCGUUGUGCGUGUGCGAGGAGGUUGGGCUGCUCCUUGUCGGCAUGGGCUCUGCGCAGGGGCUGCGCAUCUACUCGUGGGGCAGGGAGCAGCUGUUGCGGCGGCGUCACCUCGCCCACACACCGGGCCAGCGCAUCAACGCCAUCGAUUACGUAUUUGCCUCCCCGCCGGGGAGCCGCAACGGCAACGCGCACAUGACGUCCUUCGACGCGACAGAUCUCUACCAGUGCCCGUACGGCGACGACACAGCACGACGCCUGGCCCGGGAGAGGCAGCUGCUCAUUGUCUGUGGUACGGUAGACGCCUCGGUGUUUAUUGCGGCGCUGCAGCCGGGCGGCGGCGGCGGUGCGGGCGGGGGGAGCGCCGCAACGCCUUCGUUUUUACUGCAAAUUAUGUCGGACCGUGUACCGCGGUUUAUCACGAGUCUCGCCGUGCUCGACGAGCGCACCAUCGCCGCGGCGGACCGCUUCGGCACCGUCGUCUUCCUGCGCAUCCCCGAAGACACCCGCACGCGCUUUGCGCAGCCGGUCAGCCAGUUAAAAGAAGCGGAGCUGAUCGCCGAGGAGGCGUACCUGCGCACGCAGCAGUCGCUUCAGGAGGUGGCGCGGCACCACACGGGCCAGCUCGUGACCGCCCUGCGUGUGCAGCCCUACGACCCCUCGCAAGGCACCGACCCCAGUCUGGCCACGAAGAUUCUCUAUUACAGCACCGCCCUCGGCAGCGUCGGGGCUUUCUUGCCCUUUGUCACCGAGGAGGACGGCGCCUUGGCGGCCUACCUGCAGCCGCUGCUGCACGCUCACAUGCGGCCGCUGCUGUCACCGCCGACGAUGCUGCCACCGCAGUCGUUUCAGUGCCAUCAUGUGCUGGAUGGCGACGUCGUCCAGCUGCUGCUACGCAGCGGCGGCGGUGGUGGCGGGGCCGCCGCCCGCUCGACGCCGUUUUCUGCGGCAGCGAAGGAGACGCUGGAGGACACGCUGGAGCGGCAGGCGAAGAUGGAAGCCGCACGGCGGCACACGUUGGGUCUGCCGAGGCGCACGCUGCCCUCGCUGACGGAGCUGGUCGCAAAGCAGCGAGCGCUGCUGACGUUGCCGCUAUAA